CUCUCUCUCUCUCAAACUCUCUCUCUCUUUAACAAACUUAAUUACAACUUAAGCCUCUCUAUUUAUUCCACACCUCUCUGUACUUCUCCCUACUCAUAAACAACAACACAGAGAGAUCUUAACAUUAAAACAAUUAAAAGAGACGACAGCACAUCCAGGGAGGUAGUCAAUGAAGAUGAAGAUGUUGUUAAGAAGAGAUAGAUCGGGUCGGAUAUCGAAGCUCCGGUGCUGGGAUUGGUGUAAAGAGCAGAGAACACGUGCGUACAUAAUCUGGAGGUGUUUGCUUUUCUUGUUACGGUGGGAUGACUAUUGACUAAUGAUCGAACAAGAAUAGCUCGUUAACACACUAUGUACAAAGUCUGAGGGAAAAUCAAUGGAGAGGAUGGAUUCAGAAAUUUUGUUUUUAUCUAAUUCGAGUCGUUAGAAGUAACGUAUGUGUGUAUAUGGGAUUUAUUGAGGUUUGUUUAUGUAGUAGCUAGGCUUUCUACAUAUUAUUAGUGUUAAUUAGUUGCUUUA